AUGACCAAAUAUAGGACAGAGAUGAACUCAUCAGAAUCUCCUUUGCCGUUUAAUUCUCGAAGUUCCAUUUCUUUCCCUUAUUUCAUUUCUAUACGGAAAAAUCCCUUCUUUCCUUUCCUUUCCUCCGUGGCAGUUCACAAUUGACACACGAGCUCCUUCUCGCUGGCUUGCUCAACAGCAAUGGCGUCGUCCUCAAGCGAAUCUCAGGCGAGGACUGUAUGUUUAACUUGUGGUGACAAAGGAGAUGAAGGGCUUCUUAUCUACUGUAUCAACUGCCAAGAUUCUGCAGCACACUUCUAUUGCCUCGAUGAUUUCUCCUCAACUGAUGACCAGUCUGGUUGGAAAUGUUGGGAUUGUGCACCCAGAAUAUACAAGGUUGAUUCAUUCAGAAAAAGUGAAAGAAUAAGUAUGAGGAUAGAUAGAGCUAUUGAUGUUCGGAUGAAAUUGGAGAAGAAACUGUAUUCAAGGAGUUCACUUGCAGGAAGGAAAUUUGUUGCAACAAAUCAUGGAAUGGUGGAAACACCUCAGCUGUCGGGAGAUAGUUCUUCACCAGUUCUGUGUAUGAAGAACUCGUCUGACAGCAAUGAUGGGAAUAUUGAACUUAGGGACUAUGAUAGGCUUAAAGAAAGGUUUGACAAAGUUGAAGCAGAAUCCUUGCCAUUUACUUCUAACAUCCAUGAUAGUGGUUUUUCUAGUCCAAAGAGGAUAAAUUAUGGAAUGACUGAAAAAACUUCCUGCAUGCAAAAGGGCAAAGAAAGAAGAUGGCAGAAAUGGAAGUACUGA